AUGGUCCAAAUCGAGAGUCUGGCAGGCAUUGAAAUCCUUGAUGACUUUCUCACCGAGUGCCCUGAUGUCGACAUGGCCUUCCUCGGUGCUCUCGAUGCCCGUGUUUGUAUGAGCCUACCCGCCAACGCCGGCAUGGAUUGCUGUUGCUGCACUGGACAAGUUCAAGGCUACUAUGGAAAAGCACAACAAGCCCCUAGCCGUCUUCAAAUUUGGAGAAGAAAAAAACAUCAAGAAGCUGGACGCCCUGGAGGCCGGGUAUUCAAUGCUUAUUUUCGAUGCGAAUGUCGCCGCCAUCGCUGA